UAUAUCGUGUGAUAUAUUGAUUCCAACUAUACUUACAUUAUUGGUGAUCAAGAGAGUGCAGACAUACAAAACUAUAAUGGAGAGCCAGCCUUCCCGGUAUUACUCAGCAUCUAAUUCAGAUUAUCAACCUCCUAAUUCCAGUCCCCAGCCUGUUCUAUUUCUUAAUGGCAAGAAACUGAAGUAUCUUACUGUAUAUCAGAUACUAUAUCAAGCUGCUUUGAAAGAUAAUUGGAGAAUUGCUGAACCAAUUUUAAAGAAGGAUCCAAGUUUUGCCACUCAUCAGAUAUCGGAGCGGGGUGAAACAGUGCUUCACAUAGCAGCAGCAGCAAGAAGCACCAAAAUUUUGGGACAGCUAAUGAAACUAAUGAAAACAGGUGACUUGGAACUGCUAAAUCUUGAUGGAAGUACGGCAUUCUGUUUUGCAGCUGCAUCGGGGCUUGUUGAAAUUGCUAAAGCAAUGAAGGAAAAGAAUCCGAAUCUGCCUAACAUCCGCGGUGAGGACAAUGCAUUACCAAUCACUGUGGCUGCUAUGGUUGGGAACAAAGCUAUGGUUUCAUACCUUUAUGGGGUCACAAACCUUGAUGCGCUACAGGAAAAAGACCGAUACGAUCUUCUGGAAACGUUUAUCCAGAACGAGAUGUAUGAUGUGGCAUUGAAUAUAUUCGAGAAGGACCGGAAAUUAGCCAGUCAGGUGUUAGAAGGAGAUACACCAGUCUUAAAUGCGUUAGCUAGGAAGUCUUUAGUGAUCAGUAACCAAAAUCAAGGAGGAAACUGGGAGAGAUAUCUCAUUGUACGAGCUUGUUCGCCGGCGUGGAGAAUGUUUAAGAGUGCGAUUUCCAUGGCCAGGAGGCAAUUCAUUCCAUGGAUCAAAGUUCAGGUACUCCAGGAAAAAGCUUUAAUGAAGGAGCAAGCUGGUCUUCUACUUGAAGAGCUCUGGGCAGAGUGUCAAAGAAGUUCAGAGGAUAAGCUACUUAAGCUAGUCGAAACGGAAAGUUUGCUCCAUACGGCUGCAAAAACAGGAAAUGUAGAGUUUUUAGUUGUGGCUAUUAGCAAUAAUCCUGAUCUCAUAUGGAAAGUCGACAAAUAUAACAGGACCAUUUUCCACGUUGCUGUUUUAUACAGAGAGGAAAAAGUCUUCAGUCUUAUACACCAAAUUGGAGCAAUUAAAGACUUACUUAUUCUACUAACAGAUGAAAAUGACAAUAACAUUCUACAUUUGGCUGGAAAGUUAGGGCAGCCAGUCCAUAAACAUAAAAUACAGCUAGCGCCUUCAGCAGCUGGUGCAGAAUCAGUUCAGCAGCCAGAGCCUUCAUAUAAUGCUAAAGUUAUAAAAUCACUUGAGCAGCUGUUGCAAUCUGUUAAGGGGGAAGAGAGGAAUAUGCCGCCAUCAUUUCUCAGGGUGUCUGGAGCAGCCCUUCAAAUGCAAAGAGAGAUGUUGUGGUUUAAGGAAAUGGAGAAAAUUGUACCACCUUCACACCUCAGGAUGAAAAACAAGGAUGGGAAAACCCCGAGGCAAUUAUUCACAGAGGAGCACAAGCAAUUACUAAAACAAGGGGAAAUGUGGAUGAAAGACACUGCAAAUUCUUGUAUGAUUGUUGCAACUUUGAUUGCCACUAUGGUGUUUGCUGCUGGCUUUACUGUUCCAGGUGGUAAUAACGGUGAUAACGGUAUCCCAAUAUUGCUAAAAUUGAAUGCCUUUGCGGUUUUUGUCAUAUCGGAUGCACUGGCACUCUUCGGUUCAAUUGUUUCCAUCAUUAUGUUCUUGUCCAUUCUGACGUCGCGCUAUGCUGAAGACGAUUUUCUUGUGUCAUUGCCUGCAAAGUUACUGUUUGGACUCACGACGCUGUUUGUCUCGAUAGUUAGCAUGCUCGUGGCUUUUGCAGCAACCUUCUUCUUGGUCUAUAGUAAUCAUGUGGCUUGGGAGCCAAAGCUCGUUGCUGCUUGUGCUGCUAUUCCUGUAGCUUUAUUUGGGUGUUUACAGUAUAAACUAUGGUUUGAUGUGGCAAAAUCGACAUACUGGUCCAAGUAUCAUUUUAGACAGGGAAAGCACACUCUCUAUUAACAACGGGGCCUGCGCUGCAGAUAAGCGGGCUAUUGGAAUAUCUUUUAUUGUAAUAAGAACCAGGAUUCUUGUUUUAGAAGGUGAUGGCCUGUUUUAAAUA